AACACCCGUUGCCUUUUGGAAUGACGUGUCAAGAAAGUGCCGGAAGCUUUCAGUCUGUCCAAAAUGGCUUACCAGACUCUACAACAGGAGUACUUACAGAUCCCUGCUGUUACCAGGGCAUAUACAACCGCCUGUGUACUCACAACUGCUGCAGUGCAACUAGAGAUCAUCACACCAUUUCAGCUAUACUUCAAUCCGGAUUUGAUUCUAAAGAAUUACCAGGUAUGGCGACUAAUAACCAACUUCCUGUUUUUUGGUCCAGUUGGCUUCAAUUUCCUGUUCAAUAUGAUUUUUCUGUACAGAUACUGUCGUAUGCUAGAGGAGGGCUCUUUCAGGGGACGCACAGCUGACUUUGUCUUCAUGUUCCUCUUUGGUGGACUUCUGAUGACUAUAUUUGGCACUUUUGUGAGUCUGGUGUUCCUGGGCCAAGCCUUCACUAUCAUGCUGGUGUACGUGUGGAGUCGGCGAAACCCGAACGUUCGCAUGAAUUUCUUUGGCCUGCUGAAUUUCCAGGCACCCUUUCUUCCCUGGGUGCUGAUGGGAUUCUCACUUCUGCUGGGCAACUCCAUCAUUGUGGAUCUUUUAGGUAUCGCUGUUGGUCAUGUGUACUUCUUUCUGGAGGAUGUUUUUCCCAACCAGCCAGGGGGUGGAAGGUGGCUCAAGACCCCAUCUAUCAUAAAGAUGCUGUUUGACACACCAGAGGAAGAUGCCAACUACAACCCCCUGCCUGAGGAGCGCCCAGGAGGGUUUGCCUGGGGAGAGGGACAACGCCUUGGAGGUUAAAUAUGACCCCAGAUCGUCCCUGAUCGCCAGAUCAAUUCCAAGGACAAUUCCUCUAGAGAGAUGACGGGGACAAACAUGGUCUGGUUUUGACUUGUCUGUUUAGUUCGGGAUGAAGAAUGCCAAACAACCAGAGCUGGUUUGGAGAUAACCGUCUGUUGUUUUUGCGUAUGGGCUCAAGUCAUCCCCAGAAACUCUUCUUGAUGCUCUAAGACUAUUGAGAGAACACAAGCUUCAGAUUGAAUUCUGGGCUUUUGGUGCUCGGGUGAUGUUUGUCUUCAUCUUAAAAAAUAAAAAUAUAUUGAUAAAAACGUGAAAGAGACAAAAAUGACAGCAGUGAAAUAGCUAAAUGAAUUUAUUCAGAUGGUGAGUGCAUUUUUUUCUCAUUUCACUUUAAAAAUUAAUAAAUGUGUGUGGCAAAUGAUGCUUUGGUUUUAUCUCUUUGAACUGUAGUAGUACUGCUUGAAACCAAAGACGUCUCAACAAAUUAGAUUAAUUGAUUCAUGCAAAUAACGUUAGGGUCAGUAGAAAGGAUCCUGUAACUUCAUUCUCUGUACACAGCAGGCCAUUGUAGUAUACUAAUAUCAAGAUUUGUACUAUGUCCUCAACUUCAGCUUUUUAUCCACCUUCAGUUAGGUUAAGUUUUCACAGCUGUACUUUUUAUCUAAUUUAAUACAAACAGCCUUGUAUCAGAUACAUGUAGACAUAUACCAAAAGUCACAAACGGUGAGUCUUGCCUAUUAUAUGUAUGUGACAAUACUUCUGGCUUAAUAGAUUUUGCACACAUUUAGAAUUUUUUUAUGUGACCAUGUGAUCCGAUUUACUGGCCCAGCAAAUGCAUUAUAAAUCGGGGUAAUGUUUGGCCUGUUUGUUGCUCUUGAGGAGGGAUAAAAAAAGAUGAUGUCAAGAUGUCAAAUUAAUAGUAGGAUUGAAAAACUUGUUGGAUUAUGCUUGCACUGGAUCAAAAAACACAUACCACAUA